AUGACAGGUGGCACAUCCUGUUCAUCCGAAGCUGUGACGGGCAUUGUGGGGCGAGCAGAUGUAUUAGCUUGUGUCCUCUUCCUAUUGACUUUUCUCUCCUAUCUUCGGAGCGUGAACAGUGCCUGCAUUGGGAAAUGCUUUCCUCCGACCAGUUCUCCAUUCUUCCUGUUGCUAAGCCUGUUCCUUGGUACCUGUGCGAUGUUGGUUAAAGAGACAGGCAUCACUGUCUUUGGAGUGUGUCUUAUCUACGACCUUCUUGUUCUGUGCUCUAACAGACUUCCGAUAAACCUAUCAGCUGACAGGAUUGGAGGACUGCUAAAAUUGUCUGCACCGUACCUGAAGAGAGCUGGUUUUGUAACUGUGUAUGUUCUCCUCAUCCUGUUUUUCCGUGUGUGGAUCAUGGCAGGCUCCAUGCCGAACUUCUCAGAGCAAGACAACCCAGCUUCAUUCUCCCCUUACUUCCUCACUAGGUUUCUCACGUACUCCUAUCUGCUGACCUUCAAUGCUUGGCUUCUGUUAGCACCAAUGACCCUCUGCUAUGACUGGCAAGUAGGGAGCAUCCCAUUGGUGGAGUCUUUGUGGGAUGUGAGGAAUGUGGCAACUGCAGUGUUUGGUCUUGGCAUGCUUCUGUUGAUGUGGAACUGCCUACUUUCUGUACAGAAACUGAAGCACAGAGAAGUAUUAGUGGGCCUGCUCUUCCUGGUCUUCCCAUUCAUCCCUGCCAGCAACCUCUUUUUCAGAGUGGGCUUUGUGGUGGCAGAGCGGGUGCUGUACAUGCCCAGUAUGGGAUACUGCAUCCUGGUCGUCCAUGGCUUGAAUCGAUUGUGUGGUGUUCUCAGUAAAUGGGGAGCUACAGUUCUCACGGUAACCAUGUUGCUUGUAGUAGGACUGUUCUUCUGGAAGACCCUGAAACAGAAUGAGGUGUGGCUAUCCAGGGAAUCUCUGUUCAGAUCUGGAGUUCAGACUUUGCCCCUUAAUGCCAAGGUGCACUAUAACUAUGCCAACUUCCUGAAAGAUUACGGUCGCCAUGACGAAGCUGUUUACCAUUAUAAAACAGCUUUGAGGUUGUACCCACGUCAUGCCAGUGCACUCAACAAUCUUGGCACAUUGACCAAGGACGUGUCUGAGGCAGAGGUCCACUACAGAGAGGCUUUAAAACUGAAUCCUCAGCAUAACCGUGCGCUGUUCAAUCUGGGGAACCUGUUGAAAUCCCAGAAGAAACUAGUCGAGGCUGAGCAGUUACUGCGUGACUCUAUCCGGUUUGGCUCCCAGUUUGCAGAUGCCUACUCCAGCCUUGCAGCUUUAUUGGCCGAGCAGGAACGAUUUGGAGAAGCUGAUGAUAUAUAUGUGCGUGGCAUCGAAAACUGUCCUGAGAACUCAGACCUACACAACAACUAUGGAGUCUUCUUAGUUGACCAAGGGAAUGGGAAUGGAGCUUCAGGUCAUUACCUGCAAGCCAUUCGGCUAAAUCCCAAACACUACGUUGCCAUGGUGAACCUCGGUCGUCUGCUGCGUUCGGCCAACAAGAACAAGGAGGCUGAGACGUGGUACAAACGAGCACUAGGGAUCACCAGAACUGUGGAUGUUCUGUCUCCUCUCGGGGCUCUGUACUACAACACAGGCAGGUACGAAGAAGCUCUGCUUAUCUACAAGGAGGCAAUUACAAUGCAGCCCACAAACAGUGAACUAAAACUGGCAGUGGCCCAGGUUCUCUCUGUGGCCGGUAGAGCCAAAGAAGCUGAGAGACUCAUCAACCAAGUAGUGAGUGAAAGGCAUGACUGCCUGGAGUGUCAGCGCCUCUUGUCUGUAAUCUACAGUAAAAUGGGAAACCUGAAGGAGGCACUUGAUGCUUGCAAAAGAGCCUUGCAAAUGGAGCCCAAAGAUCCAAAAAUCCUUGCCGAACUUUAUUUUUCAGAAGGGAAUCUAUUGAGGGAGCUGAAUCAGCUGGAUGUAGCAUUUGAGAGCUAUAAGCAGGCAGUAGAGCUGAGCCCAAAACUGUCGCAAGCUUGGAUGAACAUGGGAGGGAUCAGGCACAUAAAGGGUGACUACAAAGCAGCUCGUGAGUACUAUGAGAAAGCACUGGAGCUCGUGCCAAAUAGCAAGAUUCUGCGGGAGAACCUCAGUAAACUGGACCGCCUGGAGAAGAAGUUACAAGGACAAAGGAGGGAUGAGCAGAGCCCUCAGGAAGCUAGCACAAGGUGACGGAUGAAUGGCCUGCUCUCGACCAUGACGUCAUACAGAAAGAAGGGGAAGGACUUUGGAUUUCGUCCAGUCCUAAACGACGGAAGCAACAAAGGGACCUUUCUGCUGUGAAGUAAACCAAGAGACAUUGAUUUUGUGUGUGAUUUAACAGCUAUAAGCUCAUCUGAGCUCAAAGCAAUGUUUAUCGCCUUUGAGGAUUGAAGCUUCUCCGACAUUCAUUUAUUCAACUUCUUCCUUUAUUAGGUACAGCCUCAGGUGAGGAAGCAGCCAUCGCUGUGUCUAAGAAAUUUGCAGCCCCUACCAUCCACUUCAGCCCUUCCUGCAGUGGUUGGCGGUUAUUUGCAUGGGGUGAGUUGCGACAAAACAUAAUUUAUCCAUCCCAAUGCAUACCAAAAAAAAACACACUUCUGGAACAGAAUUGAAUACUCAGAAACUAGUCACAGUGAAGGUUUGAACAGCAAGACCCUUCACUCCAGCCUGUAUUAAAAGCAAGCUGUUCAAGAAAGUGUAACUUUCUCUCCUUGUCCAGACUAACCUUACAUGGCAAUCCGAGUGUAUAAUAGCGCAUUCUGUAUUGAAACUUGUCAGGAGCAAAACCUGCCUCCCAAGUCAUUCAGUGCACAUCCCAAUGUUUGAGUGUUUAUCCUCUGAAGGUUGAAAUUAUUUCUUUUCCUGGUAAGUCACCCAAGUGGGAAUGUUAGAAGUAAGAUUUCAUUGUUGAAUACUGAGGCGGGAAUCAAGCUGAAAGGGAGGUGUUCCAUUUUGAGUGAUGACUUUGAGACUCGAAGCAUCUGCUCCCUGUUCAGGCUGAGCACAGAUCUUACCUAGAGUUGAGACCUUCCCCAGCGCUCAAGGGUCACACUAGGAUUGAGAGCUCUCCAAUUUGCAGAGCAGACUGAGCUCACUCAUUGGGCACAAGGAGAUCAAUUUCAGAUCGAUGGCAGGAACAGGAGGGUGUCCCACUUCCAGGAGUAAACCCAGGAAUCAUUGAGGAAGUGAUUGGAAGAUGUGAUGGAGGAACUGUAGGAACUUUCUAGAUGAGGAAGCACCAAGGAACUGAAGAGCUCUCCUGACCUGUGUGUCUUGCAAAGAAUUGGGCCAUUUAACUUGUCGUUUGAAGUUUUGAGACUCAGGCAAAGAAAUGUUAAUUGGUAUUUUAAAGAUUUAUGACAUUAAUGGGUUAAAUUUCCUUGCAUGUAUUUAAAACAAAGCAGGGAAAGUAUUUCUCUUUGGCACAGUGCAAGGCCAGUGUCCAGAGCUAGCUUAUGCAUUCCUUAUUGCUUUCUGUUGAACCCAGCGAGCAGUGGGGAUAGACUGGGUGUCGUCUCACUGCCCCUGCUGGACUAACAGCUAAUUACUGCUUAUCCCAUGAUUAAUGCCCACUGGGCAGAAUUGCUGGAAGGCGCCAGUAGGACUCUGUCCAAGGAAGUUGCCAACAUCUCCAAGUGGGAAGUGAAGAAAAUGAGCAGGAAUUGUU